CUGUCAAAAAUCUGUCAAUUACUAUGAACAGAGAGUCGGACACAUUUUUCGAUUUUAAUUUAUAAUAUCAUUACAAAAUUUAACAAUAUUCGGGAUUCCGAAGAUGCGAAUGCUUGUAAUGCAUUUAACUUAAGUGGUAUCGAAGAUUUGUCUUCCAAACACUGUGUUGUGAUAUCUUGUAUUUGUACCUAUUUUGCGUUGUAAGAAAGAAAGUUAAAAAAGGUCUUAAUAAUACAAUGGUGGAGGCUAGCAAAUUCGCGUUUGAAACAGCUUGUAGCAGUUGUGAAUGUCGUUCUCUUAUACAUCCGUGGACCGACACUUGCCUCGAUGGAACUCGUUCAAUGCUAUGGAGCUGUAUCAGAGGCAGUUACAAAUUUUAUGCCAUGGUUUAUGUCAUCCAAAUAUUGAUGAGAGGUAAAAAGCUGAAAAAGAAAGAUGUGAUUGAACAUCUAAAAAUGUAUAUCAAAUCAGGCAUUUUUGGAUUGACGGUUGGAAGCUCAUUUGUCACAUUAAACUGCAUAUUUAGGAAGUUGUUCUUCAGUCAAUUCAGCUACUAUACUACAGUCUUGUUGCCUUGUACCAUUAGUGGGCUAGCAGUUUACUUCGAACCUCCUUACAGAAGAGUGUUAGUGGCCAACCUCUUUGUAAACUUGGUAUUUGAAUAUUGGCUUCGUACAUUAGAAAUGAAGGGAUGGUUGCGGCGAUCACCUGGAAAAGAGACACUCAUCUUUAUGAUGGGAAGUGCCAUCUUCUUCUAUUUACUCAGGCUUGACAGAGAAAAUGAGAAACGGACGCCACUAUUCUGGUUCUUCACCCCACCGCGAGUUUCGAAAGAAGUUGGAAAGCCAAUGACUGGUAUCGAAGGAAAAAGUCCUGCCUGCCCUCACAGUGAACCUUGCAUUAAUUAUAUAUUGAAGGGGACAGCACAACUGUUCGGCGUCGGCUGUGCGAUGACGAUAGUCCGGACCAUCCUGCCCAAAAUCCUGACUCCGACUAAAGCUUUAAAGUCCCUGAAGAUGUCUCAUUUGAAACUGGGACUCUUCUUCGGUGGAUACAUCGGUAUCUAUAGGUUAGUAGUGUGUCUGCUGUGUCGGUCGCAAGGCAGAGAUAGCGCGCUAUACGCUCUGCCCGCGGGUUUCCUCGCCGGGGCUGCCUUCAGGGCGUCUCCUUCGACAGCAAUUUCAAUAGGACCGAUUACUUCUGCAUUGCAGAUCCUCGGGUCAUGGGGCUACCGCAACGGCACCAUCCCAGCUCACUGGCCGCUGGUCGAGCUGCUAUACUGUGUAUGCCAAGGACUGCUGUUCCACGCUCGGGUCAUGCAUGAAGACGUCUGCCCUCGUUAUAUCAUCAACCUUAUCUCCACCGUCACCAGCACUAAAGCGGACAUUAUCCAGACUAAUUUCAUCGAGAAGCUGGCUAAGAAAGCCCUAUGAUACUUGUGAACAUAACUGACGAUACGGUAGUAAGUACUUUAUGUUCCGAUUCUGUGAUUAUUAUUUAGAUUUUAUUUGGCACGGGGACUAUAUGAUGUGGGGUAUUCUUAUGAUGUUGGUGGUUAUUUUUAAGUUAUAUAGAACAAUGUAAUGACCUGUGAAACUACAAUAAUCACAAUGACUGAGCAGACCCUAUGCAAGGCUAGUUUCCAAAGCAGAGUCUGGAGAAUUUGGUACUUGUGGUUAAUUUGGUACUUUUCCAGUGACUGAAAACGAAAUGUGCGCGUACGCUAUUUACAAUGGUAUAGUUUUCUUUAUUUUUUAUUAUUUGAAAAUGAUAUUCCAAAUGAACGUGUAUAAAUUGGUCGUUAAAUUCCUGUUACAAUUAUUAGGGAAGGAAACCAUGGAUUUGAAUAGGAUUUGCCUUAAACAAAUAGCGAUUGCAAGCCUUAAUUAAUGAAUUGCUUAUUUAUUAAUAAAUUAUGAACGUUAAGUAUUGUGAAUGCAUUUUAUCAUUGAAACAGUAGUUCAAAGUAAUGUAUAAAAUCCUUUAUGUACAAAUUGAUGCUUUGAUUUGAUUAGAAUGAACAAAAAUGGGAUAUCUUAAAUAUAGGGGGUAUAUAAGUAUUAAGUAAUAUUAGGCUUUAAAAUUUUAAAUCACAAUAAUUGUGUUUUAUGAUAGCUAAUUUUGCGGUACUAUUUUAAAAUAUACUCGUACUUGGUAUUGAUGAGGUAGAAAGAAAUUGAAAGUAUCAUACCAUGACAACAAUGUAUGUUAAUAAAUACAUUUCACCGUUUUAGUAGGUAACAGUCAGCGUCAAAUAAUUCAUGACACCCAAAGUAUAGAUCGUUUCAUCAGGCCUGUUCAUCUCCGCGAGUUUACAUCGAAAACAAAACACGCACGAUGGCCCACCUACAGGAUACUAUUUGACAAGGCCUCACAUACGAGCGAACAUUGACUCACGCACGCGUAUUCUUGUGUAUAAUGGAAGAAAAUAAAGAAAAUGGUGUACUAAAUACUGUGGAGUAUUUAACUGCCUAAAUAAUAAUAAAAACACAGAAUGUACUUUUUUAAGUUGCCUCAAGACACUGAGAGGUAAAUAAGUAGUUAAUAUUAUUCAUGAUAAUUCAUGCUAAAUCAUGUAUUUCCUCCGCCAUUUUCCGCAGUUUGGCACCUCACGUCACAUCAUUUUACCGAAGAAGUCAGCCCUAUAGCUUCGGCCACCUUCGGCGCAGUGCCGAUCACUGACGUUUGUCAACAAAAUGGUGCUUGACUCUUGAGACAGGCUAAAUUACACCAUGUUGUUAAUGACAUUGAGCAUACAUUUUUUUAAAUAGGUACCUUCGCGAAGUAAAACUUCUGUACGUAGUACUUAUUAUUAUUCUGUGGUUUCAUCCACGAAGACGCGCUCCACCAAUUUUAGGUCGAGGGAAGCACGGGGUGCGG